UUCCGAACCUGCACCAACAGCGACGAUGCCAAAGAAGAAAACGAAAACGGACGCGAGGCGGCGCAAUGUUCGCCGAAAGCCCGCCUCACACGUCUUGACCGAAUCCAUCAAACGCCUGGCACCGGAGUCGGCCCACUUUACACAACUGUGCGACUUUGAGCGCAAAAUUGAUGCAUUAGUGGAACGCAAGCGCGCCGAGGUCGUGGUCGCACAACCCGCAACUGCCACGCGAAGAACCGUACGGUUGUUCAUCUCGCAUGUGGCAACACCACACCCAACAGAAACACACCCAGAUGCUAUGAAAUGGAGUUUGCGCAUCGAAGGGCGGCUCUUGGAGGAAUGCAAUCGACGAGACCGCGACCGCAAGCGCCUUGCCACCUUUGUCAACAAGAUUGUCAUUGAGUUUGAUCCAUCCACCUUUCCCGACAAGGACAACGUCAUCGAGUGGGAGCGAAGCCCUGCGAGUGUUGACUGCGAUGGCUUUGAGAUUACGCGAAUCAGCCCGCUGCCUGUGCAGGCGACGGUGCUGCUGUUCUUCGACCACCACCCUGCGCGCUUCAAGCUCAAUGCAGCGUUUGCCCGCGUCCUCCACCUCCGGUCCGCGCCAGAACUCGACGUCAACAAGCACCUCUGGACAUACAUCCGCGAGCAUAACCUGCAGGAUGAGAGGGACCGCCACGUGAUCCGAUGCGACCAACCUCUGCAGAGCGCGUUUGGCGUUGGGACGUUCAAGGUGUCUGAGAUGGCGUCGCUGGUGCGCACGUGUCUGCUGCCGAUGGACCCGCUGCGCUUUGCGCACACCAUCCAGCUCGAGCAAAACCCCAACAACCACGGCGAGGACGUCUACGAUGUCGAGGCAGACGUGGACACGAGCGCCAGCAGCUCCAGCACAACGCUCCUCUCGCCGGAAGCACAAGCGCAACUAGAAGAACUCGACACAACGAUCAACACAUAUCUGGCCGCCAUCAGCGAGGCCAAGGACAAACGGGAAUUCAUGCUGUCGUUUGCAGAUGACCCUCAGCGGUUCAUCCUGUCGUGGGUCAUGUCCCAGCUGCAGGACGAGAAGGAGGCGAGCACGAUUGCGACGAUUCGGCAGGCGACGCGGGCCAGCGAAACCUUCCACCAGCCAUGGGUGCCGGAUGCUGUGCUGCAGUAUCUGAGUGGAGAGCUGGAGAAGAGGCGACAGGCAACAAUGCAGGCGCCGCCCUCAGCCCCGAAACUCCCACAGCAGCAGCCGCAACAGCAACAACAGCAGCAACACCAGCAGCAGCAGCAGCCACACCACCACACGGGUUCCCUUCACCAGGGAACACGCAGCAGUACGCAGCGGUCAUAGCUGUGUAUCGCGGUCAUCCAUUGUCCUGGUGUCGUGCUACGCCGGCAUCCUCCUCCCCCUUCCCUUCAUAGUUAUGUUACAUUACCAUGGUGGCGUUGUCUGAACAGGAACGCUGUUCACCUCCUUCCAACUUCCAUCCCUUUUUUGCGUGUGU